UGGAGUUGGAUGUACUUUUAUAUGCCAUUUUCCACCACACCUAGAGGAAGGCACUUUUGCAGGCAUACUGUAGAGGGGGAAUCAUGUUUGACUGUAUGGAUGUUCUAGCAGUAAGCCCUGGUCAAAUGCUGGAUUUCUACACUGCAAGUCCGUCUUCCUGCAUGCUCCAGGAGAAGGCUCUGAAAGCAUGCUUCAGUGGAUUGGCACAAACAGAGUGGCAACACCGGCACACUGCUCAAUCAAUUGAAACUCAAAGCACCAGUUCUGAAGAAUUGGUCCCCAGCCCUCCUUCACCACUUCCUCCUCCUCGUGUUUACAAGCCCUGUUUUGUUUGUCAGGACAAAUCUUCUGGCUAUCACUAUGGUGUCAGUGCUUGUGAGGGAUGUAAGGGUUUUUUCCGCAGAAGCAUUCAGAAGAACAUGGUUUACACAUGUCACCGAGAUAAGAACUGUGUUAUUAAUAAAGUCACUAGGAAUCGCUGCCAGUACUGCAGACUACAGAAGUGCUUUGAAGUGGGAAUGUCCAAAGAAUCUGUCAGAAAUGACAGGAACAAAAAGAAAAAGGAGCCUCUAAAGCAAGAGUUUAUGGAGAACUAUGAAAUGACAGCAGAGUUGGAUGAUCUCACGGAGAAAAUCAGAAAAUCUCACCAGGAAACGUUCCCUUCACUCUGCCAACUGGGCAAAUACACUACGAACUCUAGUGCAGACCAUAGAGUUCGACUGGACCUUGGGCUUUGGGACAAAUUCAGUGAACUUGCUACAAAGUGCAUUAUUAAAAUAGUGGAAUUUGCAAAACGGUUGCCUGGUUUUACAAGUUUGACAAUUGCAGACCAGAUCACACUACUUAAAGCCGCCUGCUUGGACAUCUUGAUUCUUAGAAUUUGCACAAGAUACACCCCUGAACAAGACACAAUGACGUUUUCUGACGGCCUUACACUGAACCGAACUCAGAUGCAUAAUGCUGGGUUUGGUCCCCUGACUGACCUUGUGUUCACGUUUGCCAAUCAGCUCCUGCCGUUGGAAAUGGAUGACACGGAAACUGGCCUGCUUAGUGCCAUCUGCUUAAUCUGUGGAGACCGCCAGGACCUCGAAGAACCAUCAAAAGUAGAUGAACUACAGGAACCGUUGUUAGAGGCUCUCAAAAUAUACAUCAGAAAGAGAAGACCCAACAAGCCUCAUAUGUUUCCAAAGAUCCUAAUGAAAAUCACAGAUCUACGUAGUAUCAGCGCAAAAGGUGCUGAACGUGUUAUAACACUGAAAAUGGAAAUCCCUGGAUCUAUGCCACCUCUUAUCCAGGAAAUGUUGGAGAACUCUGAAGGACAUGAACCACUGACACCAAGCUCAACUGGGACUACAGCAGAGCACAGUCCAAGCAUCUCCCCAAGCUCAGUGGAUAACAGCAGCGUCAGUCAAUCCCCACUGGUGCAAUAAGACAUUCUCCAGCUACAUUCCUAACACUUUAUAUACAAGGAUGACAUGCAAGAAUUGUCUUUACUGCUGCUUAUUUUCUGGACUGAUACGUAUACACAUAUACUAAAAUCCAACCAGGACCAAGAAAUGUUAAAAUGA